GGGGCCAAAAUAGACAGUUUAAUAAGCUUAUUCCUUUGGUAAAUCUAUGGCGAAUGAAGAUUAUGUCAGAAAUAUUAGGGACUUUGUUUUUGAAGCAGUUUUAAAUGAAGGUUCGUUGGUAUUUUAGCAGGAAGGCCCAGAUGACAAGGUAGAUCCUCGGUUAAAAUGUAUUGUACUGCUUGGACGUAUCUCUAACGAAAAGGCGGUGCUAAUUAUUGAAAAGACAGCAUUGGAAUUAGUGGAUACCAUGCUUUUUACUGAAGAAAAUGGGGCAUAUCUUGAAUUAAUAGAAAAAAAUGAUAUUUAUCACUUAUUUUUGGGGGGAACUCCAUUUUAUGAUGGGAAAAAACCUUUUUUUAAGGUUACAUUGAUUCAUCCCGCCUCAGAUAUACAUAUCAGGAAAUAUUCUAGACAGACCAAGUGUAGAAUUGAGGAAACCCCAGAAAUCUAUGAAUUGUAUGUAAAACCAUACGUAGAUACUAUGAGAGGGUCUAGGAUUAAGUGGGUUUACAAUAUACUGGAUCAUAUAUCAGAAACAGAAAAUGUCAUCUAUGAAUGUACAGAUGAGAAGAAUGGAUUCAUUAUUCUUCCAGACUUAAAAUGGGAUCAAAAAACAGUAUCAACACUAUAUUAUGUUGCUAUUGUUCAUAGACGAGACAUUUCAUCUUUAAGAGAUCUAAAAAAAGAACAUAUUCCGCUACUUCUUGCUAUAAAACAAGCAGCACUUGAUGUCAUACCAAAAAAAUUUCAGGAAAUAUCACAGGAUCAAUUGAAAUUCUUUAUUCAUUAUCACCCCUCUUACUACCAUUUUCAUGUCCAUAUUUCACAUAUAGACUUUGACUCAGGUGAUGGAAUGGAUAUUGGAAGGGCUUAUUUAUUAGAAGACAUUAUUAAUCAAUUACAAACUAUGUCUGAUCAUUUUUCUUUGAUUCAACGAACAUUCACCUUUUUUCUUGGGAAAAAAAGCGAUCUAUGGCUUAAUGUCUUCUCAAAGAUCAUGGAUACUACAUAAUUUCUUCAUUUUAUUCAUCAUUUUAUUCAUCACUUUAUUCAUAUAU